GUUCUCGUUGUGCGUCAGUCGUUUGCCAACGAAAACGUCGUUCAGGCUCCCCAAGAUGCGGAUGGGGUGAAAACCGAAGAAUAUGUCGAAGGCCACAACCCCAACAUCACCAGACAUUGCAUCAUCCAAAGCCAUCAUGCUUCAGCUUUUUCUGCAGCGAGUCGUCGCCACCUGGCUCGGAAAGCUUUUUGUCGGAGGCGCAGCGGUUCUGACCUCGCUUCGCUACGCCGGUGGCAUCUACGCAUUUCUAGAGGCAGAAAAACUGGAACGGCCGAAUUAUUCUGUCGUUCAGCGCCUCACGGACGGAGUAGAGAUCAGGCGGUACGAACCGUAUCUCAUUGCCGAGACCACGGCUGAGGAUGCUGCAGGGUUCCAAAAGGCUGGCAAGCAAACGUUUCGAACACUGGCAGGAUAUAUUUUCGGAAAGAACAAGGCCCGUGGGGGGUUUCUGAGUAGUGGAAAAAACGAGAAGAUGGCAAUGACAGCGCCAGUCCGAUUGGACGGUGGCCAGAAGAAGAAGACAAGGUACGUCUAAUUGUCUUUUUGAGUAGCGCCGAAUGCGCCAAUCUUGCGUUCGUUUAACUAAAAGUGUUUUUGAUCAUGUGCUCCGUCGUCGACUUUGUUAGAGUCUCGUUCGUCAUUGGAAGUGACUACACAUUGAAAACCGUUCCAAAACCGAUGGAGAAGAAGGUUACGCUGCGGCAAGUUCCUGCUCACACGCUAGCUGUAAAGAAGUUUUCUGGGAAGCCCCCUAGUGACGAACGAGUGCAGAAACAACGAGAACGAUUGCAGUCGGCUCUGAAAAAAGCUGACAUCGAGGUACAGAACGGUGAUGACACAACUUUGGUUUACGGUUAUCACGAUCCUUUUAUUACCCCAAAUAUUCUGCGCAGAAACGAGGUCGCUGUCGUAAUCGAUGGGAGCGUGUAAAGAUACAUCACGACAAAUCGAUCUAUGAAAACAGUUGAU